CAAAAAAGCAAGAAAAUUGAAGUAAAACACGUCCAAUUAAGAUUAUCAUACUACUUAGGUCAAUGCGUGUAUUUUUCGGUCAUAUUUACAAAUGAUAAGAAAUUGCCACCGACUGCCCUGCUUUCAUUACAAACUACGUCUAUAAAUCCCUUCAGUCAGGUUUCGGCUCAGUCAUCUAUUCACGUCUUUUUAUGUAGGGAGGUGUGGGAAAAAACUGCCAAUUAUUCCGAAACAAUGCUCAUCCUGUCGCUUUUGGUUUUGGCCAUCACAGGUGUCACAAUUCAAGUGCUGCUCCAUUAUUUGAAGCUCUUGUUGUACACUCGACGCUUUCCGAAAGCUGGCCUCAUUUACCCACUCAUAGGAAAUGCCAAUAAACUCUACGACGUGCCACCCGAAGAAAUUCUCCCCGUUAUCUUGAAACUUGCCAUGAAAACCGACUUGCGGAAAAUGGCUGCUGCGUUAGGAACAAAGUCCAUCAUGAUGGUAUUCCACCCGGAAACCACGGAGGCCAUUUUGAGUAGCAACCUUCAUAUCGGUAAGAGCGUCGAGUACGAUCCCUUGAAUGAUUGGCUGGGAGGUGGGUUACUUCUCUCGAAAGGGGCUAAGUGGAAGAGUCGACGAAAGAUGCUGACACCAGCCUUUCACUUUCGGAUCUUGGAAGAUGCCAUGAUCACCUUUAACAAAUACGCGAAUAAUCUGACCCAAAGCUUGCUCGCCGAUGGGGAUUGCGGACGUGCCUCACUCGACAUUUUCCCAUUUAUGGCCAAGUGCACCCUUGAUAUCAUCCUCGAAUCGGCCAUGGGCACGGGCUGGUUUAUCCAGAGCCAAAAGAGUAUGGAUUACCCGCAAGUGGUGAACGCCAUGCUGCGACUUAUUCAACACCGACAACGGUCGCCUUGGCUGAUGCCGGAUAUAUUAUUCAAUUUGAGCCCGUGGAAACGUAAGAGUGACGAGUAUCUGAGUGUUUUGCACGGAUUCAGCCGCUCUGUAAUUGAGCAAAGACGAAACGAAAUGAAAAACUCCAAGUCAAAUGAUUUAGGCAAACGCACCGCCUUUCUGGAUUUAUUACUCCAGGCCCGCACCUCUGAGGGCCAGGAAUUAAGCAACUCGGACAUUCAGGAAGAAGUGGAUACGUUUAUGUUCGAAGGUCAUGACACCACAGCAUGCGCCCUCUCCUGGACGAUUCUUUUACUGGCCAACCAUCCCGAGGAGCAAGACAGACUCUAUGAGGAGCAGAUUGAUAUUUUUGGCCAAGAAAAUAUAGAUGGUCUGAUAGAAAACCAUCACUUGAAUCAAAUGAAACACCUGGAAUAUUGCAUCAAGGAAGCUCUGCGAUUGUAUCCAAGUGUGCCUGUCUACGGCCGAACAUUGGAAAGUGACGUUAAACUAGAUGGCGAAAUCGUACCCAAAGGCACUGAUUUUCUGGUCAUUUCAUACCUGUUGCACCGUAACCCCCUGAUUUGGGACCGACCUAAUGACUUUCUCCCUCGCCGUUUCUCUUCUGAUUUCAGCAGUGGUAGUUCCUCCACUACCACUACCACCACGAAUAAAAACAACAGCAACAACAACAACAACAACAUUGAACCGAAAUCACUUCAUCGAAGCCCAUAUGCUUACGUUCCGUUUUCUGCCGGGCCAAGAAACUGUAUUGGACAACGAUUUGCUAUGAUGGAAGAAAAAGCCAUUUUGUCCACUUUGGUCCGUAAAAUCAAAUUUGUUGCCAUUGAUCGAGUGGAAGACGUGAAACCUGUCAUUGAAAUUGUCACCCGGCCUCAUCGAGGCAUUCAUGUACAAUGUGUCCCAAGGUAACAACAGAUUGUACCGAAUACACUUGACGCCAUAAAGCA